CUGGACCUCUCUGCUAGAGGUUGGUGAGGGGUGAUGUGGAGCCCAGUGUAGACAGAGAGGGGCUUGAGGGAACAGGGAAGGAGGGGCAGGAUGGGGCUGAGACUGGGGAUUAAAGAACCAGCGUCGUCGUCAUCGACGACGAAGAGUGACAGGCCGACACAUAACAUGGUCUUCGGGAGAACUUCAUUCCAGCAUGGAGACUGGGAAGGCCUGCAGCUGGGCGGGGUGAUCUGUGCAGCACUCCUGUGCAUCGCUGGAAUCUUGUUCGCCCUGAGUGGCAAAUGCAAAUGCAAGCAAGAUCAUAAGCACAGCUCCUUACCCGAGAAAGCCGUUCCACUCAUCACUCCAGGCUCUGCCAGUGCCUGCUGAGCACAGGACCGUGAGCACAGGACCGGCUUCAUGGCACUUCCUGCACCAGCUCCCAUACUGUCCCCUCCCCCUUGGGGGACUUUACCCUUCAUGAUGGCCUUUCUCUCUGAGGGUGGGCCCUUAGGCUCCCUUAUGCUCGGGAGGCUGUCCAGAGCUUAUUUCUAAAUUAAACUUUUCUCCUCCCUCCUGUGGUCUUAUGACCUUCUGUGGGUCUGGUUAGGGACAGGCAGGCUGGAAAAGGGACAAGGAAAUCUUGCUCAGGAAAGUCCAGGCCCCUCAGCGGGGGUGGGGGGUGUCCCAUAGAUUGCUGAUGCAUCCUGUGGCCACAUGUCUGUCCUGAAGCCAUUCCCAGCAUGCCCCCCACUUUGAGGACCUCCUGAUAAUUGAUCUCCUGCCUCACCCAUGCAUGA